AGGGAUUUGCCCACACUUCCCGCGCUUCAUGUAGCCUGUUGGAGAGGAUCUUCCAAAACGCUGAAAAUCUUAUUGAAAGCUGGAGCGAAAGUACACUAUAAGGAUGGACGUUUUCAAACAGCACUACACGUGGCAGUUUUUUGUGGAUUUUCCAAAGGUAUCAAAGUCCUCCUGCAAAGUGGAUGCCCAGCUGAUCUAGAGAAUCAUUUAGGUUACACGCCGUUAUUAUAUGCGACAAUUCUAAACUUCAGCUCCAUUGCUCGUUUCAUCGUGGAAUACGAUAUAGCUUCAGUAUAUCACGUUAAUGAGCACGAGUUUUCGCCUCUUUUAAUGGCUUUGGAAACACGACACCUUGAUUUGGCAAUGUUUUAUAUUAAAGCUGGUGGAUCAUUACUUGACAGAUCAUAUGAGCUCAAUAUGGCUGUCUAUUUGGCUCUCAACAAUGGUUACGUUGAGGUGAUGGAGGCUCUUCUAGUACAUGGAGCAAAUGCCGUUUCUAAGUACAAACUGCAUUAUGCCGUGAAACCGGACACUCCGAAGAGGCCAAAUUAUGUUGAAAAUGUGGCACUAUUGGCAUCUUGGUGUGUGGAUCCUACCAUUUUUAUUGAUAAUUCCUCUGUUGGUUCUGAUAACCCACCCCAACUUCAAGAGGAAGAAAUUCGUGUCAUUGAGGCUGCAGAUAAGUCGACGGAUGGUCCUCUUAAAGUUCUAGCUAUCAACAGACAGGUACAGCCAGUCUACUUCAAGAACUUGAAUGCAACUCGUAUAGCUAAACAGUUCACAAAUUCGCUGGAAUCACCUAACAAACAACCGCUUGUAGUUGCAUUUAAAAACAUCAUUGACGAGGCCUUACGCCCAUGUUGUGAUAAUUGGAACGAAAAUUUUUAUCAGGCUAGGACGGAUUUCCAGCGGGUGUGUAUUCUCCUUCAAUCAAUCGAAUCGUCAGUUAGUGGAAGAAAACAGGGAGUUAAUAAACUUGGACUGGAUGUAAUAGAAGAGGAAGUGAUUCAAGUAAAUGGGAAAUCGGACGAAGUAUCACGACGAUAUCUCUCAUAUGGGAAACUGGCUAUGCUAGAGGAGAACCUUGAAACAGGCCUCAAUGUACUAACUAAAGCUGUCUUUUAUGCCUCCUCGUCUAAACAAUUAUCAGAAGCUCUCGCCCAAAGGUGCCAACUACUGCAUGAGAUUCAACUUUUCGAUGAAGCCAUUGAAGAUGGAUUAAUGGCCUUGAAGCCACCAAGUGUAAACGAAGUCGAGGAGAAGAUGUCCAUAAACGAUUCUGAGUCCUCUGGUGCCUCUGAGUUUGAUAGAAGAAAUGUCGUAAACUCGAAACUUCUAUCUGCUCCAAAUGGUAUUGUGAGGUUAAAGGACACAGGUUGUGCCAAAACAGGUUUUGCUAUGGAAGUAACACGAAAUGUGUCCGCAGGCCAGCCCCUGGAGAGUACAAAUACUACCUUUUUUCUCUGA